GGGCACUGUUUCAUUCCCUUGGACCCCUUCUUCUUCAAGAUCUGUUGUCUUCCUUCUUUUUCUCUACCAGAUUUUGUAUUGUACCAGACAGAUCCCUUCACUUCCAUAUCCUUUUUAUCUUUCUUUGUCUGAAUCCUUACAAAAACUCUCUCAUUCUCAUUUCUUUUUAAGAAUUUUUUUCCUUUUUAGUAUUAUUUUUUGGAUUUCUCUUCCGGGUUUCAAUAAUUGUCACUUCCCAAGUAUUCUGAGUUUUUGAUCUACUGUACAGAGAAGAACGUCUUCAAAGUUUGGUUUUUUCUCCGAGUUUUUUUGUCCUUUAAAAAAAACUUUGGUUGCGCUCUCUCUUUCUCUCUUUCUCUGUUCAAGAAGAGAUCCUAGCUUGAUUUAUAUUCUUAUAAAUUUGGAAAGAAGAAAAUGGGUAAGAGUUGGUUUUCAGCUGUGAAGAAAGCCUUUAGUCCUGAACCAAAACAAAAGAAAGAACAGAAGAAACCACAUAAGGCCAAGAGAUGGUUUGGUAAAUCCAAGAAGUUGGAUGUUGUUACUAAUUCUGGUGAAGCAGAUUCUUCUCGUGCUGUCCAAGACGCGAAACUAAAGGAGAUUGAGGAGCAACAGAGCAGGCAUGCUUACUCUGUCGCUAUUGCUACUGCUGCAGCUGCAGAGGCAGCCGUUGCAGCUGCUCAAGCUGCUGCUGAAGUUGUUCGUCUCUCUGCAUUGUCACGUUUCCCUGGGAAAUCAAAAGAAGAGAUCGCAGCUAUCAAGAUUCAGACAGCAUUUAGAGGAUAUAUGGCAAGAAGAGCAUUGCGUGCGCUGAGAGGCCUUGUGAGGCUAAAAUCUUUAGUUCAGGGGAAAUGUGUGAAACGUCAAGCCACAUCAACAUUGCAAAGCAUGCAAACACUAGCUAGACUACAAUAUCAGAUUCGUGACCGGAGGCUUCGGUUGUCAGAGGAUAAGCAGGCUUUAACGCGGCAGCUCCAACAAAAACACAAUAAAGACUUUAAUAAGCAUGGAGAAAAUUGGGAUGAUAGUACACUGUCGCGGGAGAAAGUUGAAGCAAACAUGUUGAACAAGCAAGUAGCAACACUGAGAAGAGAAAAAGCACUUGCAUAUGCAUAUACUCAUCAGAACACAUGGAAAAACUCAACUAAAUUGGGUUCUCAGACAUUCAUGGACCCUAACAAUCCACAUUGGGGUUGGAGUUGGCUAGAACGUUGGAUGGCUGCUCGACCAAACGAAAACCAGGCAGUCACACCAGACAACGCUGACAAAAACUCUUCUGUGAAGAGUGUAGCAAGCCGUGCCAUGUCUGAGAUGCUAAUUCCACGUGGAAAAAACCUUUCACCAAGAGGAAAGACACCAAACAGUCGAAGAGGAUCAAGCCCGAGUGUGAGGCGAGCCCCUAGCGAAGACUCGACGAGCAUGUUAAGUAUCCAAUCAGAACAACCUUGCAACCGUAGGCAUAGCACUUGUGGAUCAGUUCCAUCAACUAGAGACGAUGAAAGCUUCACCAGUAGUUUCUCUCAGUCAGUUCCAGGCUACAUGGCGCCUACACAAGCGGCCAAAGCAAGAGCUCGGUUCUCAAACCUUAGUCCUUUAAGCUCAGAGAAGACAGCGAAGAAGCGUCUUUCCUUUGCGGGAUCUCCAAAGACUGUAAGGCGGUUUUCAGGUCCUCCAAAGCUGGAAAGCAAUGUUACGAAGAAAGAUACUAAUCUUGCUUAAGCAGAGGAUCAUGGAUAACAUAGUUUAUAUAUCUGACGGUGGUUGAUUAGGCAAAAGUCUGAUGCCGAGAGGUGAAUUCAGAGAAGAUUCUGUUAUGUCUUUGUUUAUAACUAUUGGCUUUUAUUUGUUUUUUGGUUAAUUUUUUUUUACUACUACAAACUUAAUUAUUUGUUUAAUUUUUUUUCUAUUGGUUAAUAACAUCUGAUUAUGCAUGUAACUUUGAGGAUACAAAUAUAAAAGCAAAAUUUAUGAUUGA